ACAGUUUGAUUGCGGCGGUCAUACGGAAUAGACGGUAGACGCUCUCGCGCUUGAAGGACAGAUUGCCGCGCGCGCCUAAUUCGAAAUUCAAAAGUGACAGUCCACUUUUUUCCAUAAAUUCCAUUUAAAUUGCCAGUGUUUCUUUUUUAUACUUCGUGAACAAUGGGCAGAUGAUAAAUACAUACAAAAUUUUGAUAGAGAACACUGUGUUUAAGAAUUAUUUGAACUGAACAAAAUUGACAUUUGUUUAGUUCUUAUUAGCAUUAGCUGACAUUUUUAAUCCCUUUAGCUGUGCUUAGUUAGUGUUAGCAAAAGCUGUCAUGGCGAACACGAAACAAUUAUUGGUGCUCUUCGCGCUAAUGUGCAUGGCGACAGCCUACUGGGGACCGGACUUACCUCCGGGUCCUUACUGCGGUAGGACGAGAGAAUGUUGUAAUGACCGAAAAGACUCCUGUGCACAUCAGAUAUUGAAUACGUUAUGUUACUGCGACGAGUUCUGCAAUCGAACCCGAGCUCACGACGACUGCUGCCCGGACUACGAGCCCGUUUGCUUAGGAACGUCACCCGGGGCGCUCAUGCUGCCUUGCAUGCAUAACGGAAAGAGCUAUUUGCCCGAGCAAACCAGGACCGAGGAUUGUAAUUUAUGUGAAUGCGUGAAGGACCCGAUCACUAUGAAAACGGAUUGGAGAUGCGAUAAUGAUCCUUGUUUAAUGAGCAAUUCGGUCGUUGAUGGCGUGAACUACGGUGGCUCUAGCUGGCGAGCCUACAACUAUCCGGAAUUUCGCGGCAAGAAGCUCAAGGAUGGACUGAUCUACAAACUUGGAACAUUCCCACUAAGCAGCGAGACCAAGCGAGUGGGGGCCCUGCGGUACGAUAAGGACAUCCCAUAUCCAGCCAACUUCGACGCGAGGACACGCUGGCCCGGAUUCAUCUCACCCAUCGUCGAUCAAGGCUGGUGCGGCUCCGAUUGGGCUGUGUCUCUAGCCGGCGUUGCUUCUGACAGAUUUGCGAUCCAGUCCAACGGAGCAGAGAACAUGGUGCUCAGUCCACAAACCCUGUUGUCAUGCAACCUGCGCGCCCAACGUGGCUGCCACGGAGGUCACAUCGACGUGGCUUGGAACUUCGCUCGAGGUCAUGGGCUAGUUGAUGAGAAAUGCUUCCCCUACAAGGCGUCAGUCACGCGGUGCCCAUUCCGGCCACGGAACACUCUGAUCCAAGAUGGCUGCACUCCCCUGGUGAAACACCGCAAUUUCCGCUACACGGUUGGACCACCCGGCAAGCUGAGCCACGAAAAGGACAUCAUGUACGACAUAAUGGAGUCAGGACCUGUACAGGCUGUUAUGACGGUGUACCAAGAUUUCUUCCACUAUCGCGACGGCAUUUACCGACGUAGCUACCAGGGCAACAACAAUUUGAAGGGAUACCACAGCGUCCGCAUCAUUGGAUGGGGUGAAGACCGCGGCGACAAGUAUUGGUUGGUAGCUAACAGUUGGGGCCGUCAGUGGGGUGAGAAUGGCUACUUCAGAAUCGCACGUGGGUCCAACGAGGCCGACAUCGAAUCCUUCGUGGUGACAGCCCUAAGUGACGUCACCGAGGCCAACCAGAAAUAACAGAGGCCUAACAUGGAACUGAUCACGCCGCUUUGCGUUGUGCAAAAAACGGUGUGGACGAAGAAUGGGGUCUUGGUGUUAAAUAGUACGAGGAACUUUGGAUAGUCGGUGUUUGGAAUUUUUUAUAGAGAUUACUACUGUGUCAAUACACAAAAUAAAAUCGAUGUCCGCUGCGUUUUCGAUCAAAUGUUAAAAAAAAGUUAAAAACUAAGUAUCGACUGUGUACAAAUGCAUUUGGCAAAGUUAUGCCUACACUCAAUAUGAAAAUAGACCUAAUGAUCGUUUCUGAAAAUUGGCUACAUAGCUUACAAGUUAAGGUGUUACAGAUGAAUCUUAGUCACUUAUUCAAAGUCAAAUAUAAUUUUUCUUUCAAUUAAAAAAAAUACAUACAAUUUAAGAUAUAUUACUGAAUUAAAAAAAAUUCUAUAUAGUGAUUUAAUUAUAAUCUCUUUGCGAUGGCGAUUUUAAUGUGUUAUUAUAACUAAAAGGUUUGAUAUAGAUAUAAUGUAGGUAUUUAGAAUGUUAACGGAGAGUAUAGUUAAAAUAAUUUAAAAAAAAACUAUUUUUGGAUAUAUUUUAAAAUUUUACUGUUGUAUAUCGUAUUAACAAGAACUAUAUUCAUAUAUGGAUUUACCGCCAAAUAAUGAUUUUAGGAUCUCUAUGAAAAGUUCAAUGCACCAAUGAAUAAUUUAUUAGAAUGUGUUUCGAUUGGUUUACGAAUGAGAAAAAUGUUUGGGUCAAUUAACAAACGUUUACCGUAGUUUGUAAUAUAAUUUGGUUAAAAAAUAAGGUGUAUGCUGAUAGCACGGCAAGUUAUAACUUCCCCAAGUUUACCCGCAUGGAACCUAUUUUUUAUUACAUCGGCUAAACCAUUGAUUAUACUAAUAUGUGCUUCGUACUAGAACAGAGACUGCGAGCUAAAUACGUGCAUCAAUACGAGGCUCGUGGCAGGAGAUACAAAUAUUACUAUUAUUUAUUCUGUGGUACAGAGUAGGGUACAUUUUUAUGGCACAGACUAAGUAAGUUUGAAUCCACGGGCGUGCUCCAAACAACUUAGUCUAGACGUGUCUUCUAAUACGAGUACAUAUUACUUCAAUGGGCUAAACCCGGUUUUUCCAAAUGACUAAACCCAACAGCAAGCUUAGAUCAUCUGACUUUCUAUAAUCGUUACCGAAUUACCUUAAAGAAUAGAAAGCUAAUAAUGAACAUAAUAUAGGAAUGAUAUAUACUAUGUAAUUAAAUUCAACAUUCAUUUUAAUAGUUUUCCAUUAGCCUUAACCAUUGUAGAACUUGGCUAAGCAAAUUGGUCUGAAGAAGUUAUUACUUUAAAACAUCUCCGUGCGUUUGUGAUUGCAGUGAAGGAUCUCUUAUUGUAUUCGACUUUUCAUACUUUAUUUAAAUUGAGGUAUUGUAUUAAAAAGAAAAAUGGAAUGAGUAAAAAAUUGAUUAUAUUUUUAAGGAAAUAAAAUAAACGCUUUUUUCAAUUCAUAAUUUUAUAUUUGUACAGUAUUUUUCUCAUUUAUCUUGUGAAUAUUUAACUGCCAUUGUAUUGCUUAGUUUCCGUUCAACUUUACUUGACGCGUGAGACGAUUGGCAUUCUAGUAAAGUUUAAAAUAAUUUAAGUUUUAAAAAUAAAGUAACACUAAAAUAACAAUACGUUAAACUAGAAGCAAAACAAUAAUAUAAAAAGAGAUAGAAAGAGUCGUAUAUCUUACGGGAACAAUAUUUAAAAAAACAAAGAUACCAACCCCUCACGCGUCAAGUUAAUACGAACAAACAUUAUUUGAGUGUAUUUUAAAUUAAACACAAACAAAAAAAUCCACUCAUCACUAGUCUUAGUUCUGUUAUUCACAAAAUUAGAAUUAAGCAAACUUAAAAUAUCUCAUUACGAAAUAUAUUUAAAUUAAAUUAGACAAUAAAAUAUAUUUUUAGAUUUACAUUUUCGCGUUAUUUAUGGAACACACAGAUAAGAAAAGCCGUUAAAGACUAUGUAGCGAUAACUUUACAUUUGUCGUAUAAUUAUAUCGUUAACAAUAAUAGUUGAUUUGAUAUAUGUGAAAGCAAUAACGUAACAAUGUAUUUAUUAUAUAAUAGUACUCAUAAUAUUGUAACUAAGUUAAAUAAAAUUUACAAAAUAUUG